AUGCCAGAAAAAUCUGAGCAUUUUUUAACGACUUAUGUGACAUUAAAAGAUAAUGUGAAUGAAGCAGAUAGAAUUAAGUUCAAAGACAGCAGUUCACCUACACAGAAAAAUAAAACUGAUGAUGGAAAAGAUGCAUCAGAAGUUGAACAGAGUGAAACAAAUGAUAAAUGUUCUGCUCCGACUGAUGCUGAAGAUUCACAACUAUUGCAAAAUGGCCGAGAAUUAAAGCAAAAUAUCUGUGAUGAAAUACAGCUUGAGUCACAAAAUCUGCAGCCUGUUGAUGCAGUUAGUAGUAGUUCUUUAGAAGGUACUGUUACGGGAAAUGACCAAUCAGAAGCCUUGUCUUUUGACUCUUCGUGCUUUGAUGAGACCAAUGGCGAUGUGCUUGUUAUUAAUGACAGCGAUAACGAAAAUGGAGAGCAAGAACGACAUGGUAGGUCAAGAAAAACAAAAUGGAGGCCAGUCCUGAAGAGAGAUUUGUAUCCAGUAGUUGAACACCUCCAGCUGAGCUUGGAAGAGGAAUCUCUGGGUCUGUCUUAUCUCUGGAAUCAUUUCUGUGAUGUGCAGAAGACAUUCCUUCCCAACUACAUCGCCUACCAUCACUUCCGCAGCAAGGGGUGGGUCCCCAAGUCUGGUCUCAAGUUCGGCUGUGAUUUUAUUCUGUACCGCGAGGGCCCCCCGUUCUACCACGGCAGCUAUUCCGUGGUGGUACGUCUGGUGGACGAGCAAACUCUACAGGACAGCACAUACCACAACACACGCUGCCUGUCGUGGACCUCGCUGUCUGGCCUCAACAGAAUAACGGAGCAUGUCGCGAAGGAGCUGCUUAUCUGCUAUGUGAUUAAGCCAAGGGACAUAACUCCAGAGAGGCUAGCAUCGCCAAAGUGCAUUCUCGACUUCUCAGUUCAGGAGGUACAUGUAAGCAGAUGGAUAUCAUCACAGGAAAGAGAGAAGAAAGAAGAAGAAGAGUUUCCAUAG